CAAACUUGCUCUGCUUUUACCAGUUUUUCCUUCAAUCUCUCUCUCUCACUCUGUCUGUUUCUCUGUCUGUCUCUCUGUCUCUCCAUCUCUCUAAUAAACACACUGAGAUUUUAACAUCUCUAUUUUUUUUCAGUUAUUGAUCUUCAUUUUCAGAAAACAGCGACAACAUGACGCCAAUUGUCAUCACUGUUCUCCUUCUGUCUGUUGCGGCCGUUUCUGCGGUCUCAAUACAUAGAAAUGGCACAAAGAAAAUGGAAGAGUCCGUUUCUGCGAAAAUUGAAAAGGCAAAUGCAAAUGUAAACCCAGGCAACCUGACCUACAACGUGACAUAUGGGGACAUUAAGGUACCCAUGAGCGAUGAUGAGGGAAUUUUUAGGGAUGCUAUCCCCUGCUACGUUUUUGGCUGUAAAUGGCCCAAAACUGGAAAGCGAGUCAUAAUUCCCUAUGAAAUCUCCAGAAAUUUUACCAAACGUCAAAAGAGAACGAUAGAAAAUGCCCUAAGAGACAUUAGUUUUGGAGGGCGCACGACAUGCAUUCGCUUUGUCAGAAAGACUAGAUGGGAUAUUGACUAUCUAUCCUUCUUAUCAUCCAAUAGCUGUCAGUCAGACCUCGGUUAUUUCGGUGGCGGACAGAUAAUCGACUUGGAAAGAAAUGCUUGUGUGCACAAAGACAUUGUGCAACACGAGGUCCUCCAUGCACUUGGAUUCCACCAUGAGCAAGUCCGCUAUGACAGAGAUGACUACGUCAAAAUUAAUUAUGAAAACAUCGAACCAGGAACGGAACGAAACUUUCAGAUUGCACCAACAAACAACAUGGCCACCCCCUAUGAUUAUGACUCUGUGAUGCAUUACGACGCAUUUUCCUUCUCCAUAAAUCGCCAACCAACCAUCAUUGCCAAAUAUAGGUUUACAGAUCAUUUUGGCAGAGCAACAGAGAUGAGUGACAAUGACUAUAUACGCCUCAAUCUUCUUUAUGAGUGCUAAACUUCAAGACAAACGGAGGAUGUCCAGGUCUUGUUGAGGUCUCCGGUGGUGAUCAAAUUAAGUGCUCAAUAUAUCAUUUAUAUGUAUAAACUGGUAGUUGUUAGGGUUAGGGUUAGGGUUAGGAUACAGUAAUUCACAUAGUACGUAUAUUGAAUGCAAAAAUAAAUACUUUUGAAAGC